AUGGCGGCGCGCUGGAGCAGCGAGAAUGUGGUGGUGGAGUUCCGCGACGCCCAGGCGACUGCGAUGUCAGUGGAUUGCCUGGGACAGCGUGCAGUACUCUCAGGCCGCCGUUUCCUCUACAUAGUCAACCUGGAUGCACCAAAUGAGGGUCAUCGAAAGAUCUCCCGACAGAGCAAGUGGGACAUUGGGGCAGUGCAGUGGAACCCGCACGACAGCUACGCGUACUACUUUGCAGCUUCAAGCAAUCAGCGAGUUGACCUGUAUAAGUGGAAGGAAGGUAAUGGUGAAGUUUGCACAUCGCUGCAAGGACACACACGUGUGAUUAGCGACUUGGACUGGGCGGUGUUUGAGCCAGACCUGCUGGUCACCAGUUCUGUUGACACAUACAUCUACAUCUGGGACAUCAAAGACACGAGGAAGCCUACAGUCUCGCUCUCUGCGGUCGCUGGAGCUUCCCAGGUCAAAUGGAACAAGAAAAAUGCCAACUGUUUGGCAACAAGCCACGAUGGGGAUGUCCGAAUAUGGGACAAAAGGAAACCCAGCACUGCAAUAGAGUACUUGGCAGCUCAUCUCUCUAAAAUCCACGGCCUGGAUUGGCAUCCUGACAAUGAGUAUACGCUGGCUACUUCCAGCCAGGACAACUCUGUCAGGUUCUGGGAUUACCGUCAGCCUCGGAAAUACCUCAAUAUCCUUCCCUGCCAGGUUCCCGUCUGGAAGGCAAGAUACACGCCUUUCAGCAAUGGGCUGGUGACAGUGAUGGUCCCCCAACUCCGUCGGGAGAACAGUCUCCUUCUCUGGAAUGUCUUUGACUUGAACACGCCUGUCCACACUUUUGUGGGACAUGAUGACGUGGUGCUGGAGUUUCAGUGGAGGAAGCAGAAAGAAGGUUCUAAAGACUACCAGCUGGUUACGUGGUCCCGUGAUCAGACUCUGCGGAUGUGGCGGAUCGACUCUCAGCUGCAGAGGCUGUGUGCUAACGAUAUCCUGGAUGGAGUCGAGGACCUCAUCGAUGGGAUUUCUCAUCUGCCAGAGCCAGACAAGACCCUUCACCCCCAGGACUCGGAGCCCCAGCAUAACUCUGGACAUGGGGAUGAGGAAGCCUUAAAAGAAGAUUUCCUGAAUGACCCCCUGGUGGGAAAGAAAACAGACCAACUGGGGCUGCCUCAAACACUGCAGCAGGAGUUUUCACUGAUCAACGUGCAGAUCCGAAACGUCAAUGUGGAGAUGGAUGCGGUGAGUCGUAGCUGUACGGUGUCUGUGCACUGUGGCAACCACAGAGUCAGGAUGCUGGUGAUGUUCCCAGUCCAGUAUCCCAAUAAUGCUGCACCGUCCUUCCAGUUCAUCAACCCAACCUCGAUCACUGCCUCCAUGAAGGCAAAGCUGCUGAAGAUAUUGAAAGACACUUCUCUGCAGAAAGUGAAGCGGAACCAGAGCUGCCUGGAGCCCUGCCUGCGUCAGCUGGUCUCCUGGCUGGAGUCUGUUGUGAACCAAGAGGACAGCACGUCCAGCAAUCCCUACGCUUUGUCAAACUCCGUAACACCCCCCUUGCCCACGUUCGCCCGGGUCUCCAAUGCCUAUGGCUCCUACCAGGACUCUAACAUCCCAUUUCCACGGACCUCUGGAGCCAGGUUCUGUGGUGCAGGGUACCUGGUGUAUUUCACGAGACCCAUGACCAUGCACCGUGCAGUGUCCCCAACGGAGCCCACACCCAGGUCCCUGUCAGCUUUAUCAGCGUACCAUAGUGGCCUCAUUACUCCAAUGAAGAUCCGCACAGAGACUCCAGGCAAUCUGCGUUUGUACAGUGGGAGUCCAACACGCAGCGAGAAGGAGCAGGUCUCCAUUAGUUCCUUCUACUACAAAGAGAGGAAAUCAAGGAGGUGGAAAAGCAAACGAGAAGGGACAGAUGCCAACAAUCGACCCAUCAAAGCUGCCGGGAAAGUUAUUAUCCAAGAUAUUUCCUGCUUGCUGCCUGUCCACAAGCUGCUGGGAGAGCUCUACAUACUGAAUGUGAAUAAUAUCCAGGAGACUUGCCAGAAGAACGCUGCCUCAGCCUUGGCUGUGGGACGGAGGGAUCUUGUACAGGUUUGGUCACUGGCCAUGGUAGCCACUGAUCUCUGUCUCGGACCGAAGUCUGACCCAGAUUUGGAGAUACCUUGGGCACAACAUCCAUUUGGACGUCAAUUACUGGAGUCCUUGCUGGCUCAUUACUCGCAGCUCCACGAUGUGCAGACCCUGGCCAUGCUGUGCAGCGUGUUUGAAGCCCAAUCCAGGCUACAGGGGUGCCCAAACUCCUGCGGCCCCUUUCCUCAGCGUGCCUCCAACCUGGCCUCCCACAGCCGAUAUCCCAGCUUUACUUCUUCUGGCUCCUGUUCCAGCAUGUCAGAUCCUGGACUUGGCACCGGAGGCUGGACCAUAGCAAACAAAGACACGGAGCAAGCCUCCACUCCCUGGUGCGAGUCCUCUCCGGAUGACUUCCGCUACGGAAACCUAAUGUAUCCCGAUCAUCGAGAGCGUGAGAAAGACCAGCAUGAGAAAAACAAAAGGCUCCUGGAUCCUGCCAACACUCAGCAAUUUGAUGACUUUAAGAAGUGCUAUGGAGAAAUCCUGUAUCGCUGGGGUCUGCGAGAGAAGCGGGCUGAGGUUCUGAAGUUUGUCUCUUGUCCUCCUGAUCCCCACAAAGGAAUUGGCCUUUGGGAAAAGAUGCACUUAACCUGGGAGGAGAGAAGCAGAGUUCGGCGUGUACUGCAGCCACUGCCGCAGCGAGGUGCGCGGCACCCAGUGUGCCAUCUGCAAGGGCUUCACCUUCCAGUGCGCUAUCUGUCACGUGGCAGUGCGAGGCUCCUCGAAUUUCUGCCUGACCUGCGGACACGGAGGCCACACCAGCCAUAUGAUGGAGUGGUUUCGCACCCAGGAGGUGUGCCCCACGGGCUGUGGAUGCCACUGCCUGCUCGAGAGCACCUUCUGAGCAGUCCUGACAGCAAGGGCGGCCGUGAACUGGAUUUAAUAGUUCAUUCCCAAGCCAUGUUGAAUCAGCUCUGCUCCGCAGUGUCUGGAGGAGAUGCCACAGGGAGCUGAAGCAGGAUGUCCCGGCGGUGCGCUGCAGCGACGUUUACAAGUGCUUCCAGUAUUCCUACACUUCCCAGGUUGCUUUCCGACUGAUUUGACCAAACUCCCUGUGUCCAUUGCUGGCGAUGGACGCCAGACCAGAAAAAUUGCUCCCUCCUGCAGAAGGGUGUGUGAAUAUUGGCUAGUGUCCGUUGGGGUGAGGAGGUGUUAAAAAGCUCCUUUGGAAAGGGCUCGCCUGGCAGGGCCAAACUCGCUCCAACUACGUAGUGUCUUUCCAGGUGCCUCCUGACAGGGGCUAAAGUGAGCAAAAUAGUCGUCUUUGCACAGUUAAGGCCGAAAUAAUUUGCAAGCAACAGUGAGCUCUAAAGGCUAACUGUGAACUGCGCUUGAAGAGCAAAUAGUCCAUGCGACUGUGCUCAGAGUUACUUUUGGAAGCGACAGGGUCCUUAUUUUGAAUGGCUGUUUACACCGUUUAGAUUACCCCAUAAAGCAAAAGAACGAAACUACAUUUUUCAGGAUUACUUCCUAAAUAGCUUCCUACUCACUGGUCAGUAUCUGCGGCUGGUGUGAAAAGCCCAGCCGGGCGCCCAAGGUCGCUAGGAUUAGUUGCUUUCUUCCAGCAGGUUUAGUACCGUUACUCUUAAGGUGUCUCCAUCUCCUGCUCUGACCGGGUGAUACAAUGCACUUUAACUUGCCUGUCCCUGCCUUGUCAGUGGCACGUCCUGGUGACUGGGAAAGGGAUCUGCCUUUUGAGUUUGGGAUCCGCACAGCGUUUCCAUGGAUGGUGGCAUCUGAGGGCGUUUCGGAAAGCCUUUGCUUCCUUACUGAGAAAACACAAGGAGGAUGCUUGCUCCGUGCAACUCCUUUUGGCUGUUUUCUCCAGGCUCUACGGGGGGGAAUCGAUGAAUAAUUUGGAGAUUUGCUGCCGGUGUGCUUGAGUGACGAGGCUCCUGAGCUGGGGAGGCAGCAAUUUCUAGGGGAAAAGGGGGUUUUGGAAGGGUGGUGGGAUUCACGGAGGCAAAAGGUUUGUGCCUUUUCUCCCUGUGGAGCUUCAGUUGGAGAAUGUACCGGAUCGAUCCGUCUGUUUGGGGCUGUGCCUGCUCCGUCCCGGGGACGCUGCUGUGCGGUUGUGUGCACACCCCGAGCGCGCAGCCUGUGCCUCUCCUGAGCAGGCUUCAGCCUGGGCUUUGGUUUUGGGCAAAUGUGUGGUCAGGGAUGAGCCCGCUGGAGUUACCCCCCCACCCCGCGCCGGAGCCGAUCCCUUCCUCCCGCGCUCGCCUGCUGAGCAGGGCCACGUGCCGUGCCCGCUCCCAACCUUUGUGCUAACUCAGGCUGUGGGAUCCUGCCGUGGAAUAGACAGAUGGUGUAUCUUAAACAUUAAAACAUUAAAAUUAUUUUUUUAA